AUGAAUUUUACGUGGUUUAACGAACCUAAAAAAUGGUCAAUCAAUGGAUCAACAAUUCUUGUCCAUACAGAUGCUAAAACUGAUUUUUGGCGCAAGACACAUUAUGAUUUUGAACGAGAUAAUGGACAUUUUUAUUAUCGUUCAUUUUCAGGUGAUCAAUCUCUUACAGCAACUGUCAAUGUACGAGGAAAAUACACUACACUUUAUGAUCAAGGUGGUUUAAUGUUACGUAUUAAUGAAAAAAAUUGGAUUAAAUGUGGUGUUGAAUAUGUUGAUGGAAAUCAAUUUGCUAGUGUUGUUGUCACUGUUAAUGGAUGGUCUGAUUGGAGUGUUGUUCCAAUAAAUUCACCUGAUGUUUUAAAAUUACGUGUUAAACGUGAAAAAGAAGCAGUACAUAUUGAAUAUGCUGAAGGUGAAAAUGGUGAAUUUAAAAUGAUGAGAUUAGCAUAUUUUCCAUUAAUGGAUAAAUCGCAACCAUUAAUGGUUGGAAUUAUGUGUGCAUCACCUGGUGAAGAUACACAAGGAUUUGAUAUUACUUUUAACGACUUAAAUAUUAUUGAAGAUCAUUAA